UCCAACAACUACUUUUGCAUCUAGAAUAAAUCCUUGUAUAAGACACACAAAGUGAACUCAUAAAAAUCAUAUUAUUAUCAUACAACUAACUUAGAUUAUCAAAAACUAGAGAGCACUUGCAAAAAACAUACUAUAAAAAAAUUAUAAAAGUCUAUAUAAUUAAUCAUGGAGGGAGUAGAGAAGAACGAAAACACUAGCCUUGACAUAGAAAGUGGCGGAGAAAAGAACCAAAACGUGAUGUUUGAUAGCAACAUUAACGUUGGAGAAAAGAACCAAAACGUCGAAGUCGAUAACAAUGUUAACAACGAGCUUCCGGUAGCCUCGAACCGAAAGGGGAAGUGGUGGUACGCUGCCAUUCACAAUGUUACCGCCAUGGUUGGUGCGGGUAUUCUCGGUUUACCCUAUGCUAUGUCUCAACUUGGAUGGGGUCCUGGUGUGACAAUAUUAUUAUUGUCAUGGAUAGUGACGUUAUACACACUGUGGCAAAUGGUAGAAAUGCAUGAAAUUGUGCCGGGAAAAAGAUUUGAUAGGUACUAUGAACUAGGACAAUAUGCUUUUGGGGAAAAUUUUGGGUUAUGGUUUAUAGUGGCACAACAGAUCAUGGUUCAAGUCGGUUGUGAUAUUGUGUACAUGAUAACUGGAGGGACUUCCUUGAUGAAGGUUUAUAGCAUUCUACUACCAAAUGGAACACCCAUCAGACGAACUUACUUUAUCAUGAUCUACGCUUUUAUCCAAUUUUUUCUAUCUAACUUACCAAAUUUUAACUCUAUCACCGGAAUCUCCUUCGUUGCGGCUAUCAUGUCUCUCAGUUAUUCUGCCAUCGCUUGGAUAGCUUCAUCUAUAAAAGGAGUGCAAUUGGAUACAAGUUAUGGAAGUAGGUAUAGCACUGAUGCAAGUCAUAUUUUUGGAUUUCUGAGCGGGUUGGGAACAAUUUCAUUUGCCUUUUCUGGGCACAAUGUUGUAUUGGAGAUCCAAGCUACACUCCCUUCUACUCCAGAAAAACCUUCCAAAUUAUCCAUGUGGAAAGGGUCAUUAGCUGCCUAUAUAAUGGUGAUGUUAUGUUAUUUUCCGGUGGCCUUUGUUGGCUAUUUUGUAUUUGGAAGAGUUGUUGAAGACAACAUAAUGGUUUCACUCGACAAACCUAAUUGGCUCAUUGUUAUUGCCAAUGUCUUUGUUGUUAUACACGUUAUUGGGAGUUAUCAGGUUUACGCAAUGCCAAUGUUCGACAUGCUCGAAUCUUUUUUAACGCUAAAAAUGAAACGCAAACCAAGUAAGAUGAUUCGCCUAGUAACCCGUUCUACCUAUGUCGGAAUUACUAUGUUUGUGGGAAUAGCAUUCCCAUUUUUUGGUUCUCUUCUUAGCGUUCUAGGUGGAAUUGCAUUUGCACCCACUUCCUACUAUUUACCUUGCAUAAUGUGGUUGAUAAUUUGCAAACCCAAGAGAUACAGCUUAUCUUGGUUUUGCAAUUGGUUCUGCAUUAUAUUUGGCGCAUCACUGACGAUCUUAGCCCCCAUUGGCGCUGUAAGAGAUAUCAUAAUGCAAGCUGGAUCGUAUAAAUUUUUUUCUUGAUCAAUUCUAGAUUUAAUUAGGGAUAAUAGGAUGCUCAAAAAUUUCAAUCCCACCGAUUUUUUUAGGGGACUAUCUAUGUUUAGAAAUAAUGAUAAACAAUUAAUGAAUGAUAAUUAGUGUCAUUAUGUUCACCUAUAAAAUUGCUUUCUCAUAAGUGAUUAUGAUUUUCUAUCACAUUUUGCAAUUAUUAAAUUUACAAAAGUAUUAAUGUUAAUACUUCUCCAAUUUUCUUCCAUUAAAAAAAAAAAAAUACUGCUCCAAUUUUCUUUUAGUUAUGUAAUUAAUAAACUUUAUUUGGACCAAUGGGAUGGUCCAUUGAUGAUCAGGUCCAAUGAGUACUAUCUAAAUAGUGCUCAAUAAAUUAAUUUCUCCAUUAUUUCAAUUUUUUAUCCACUUUUAAUCAAUCGAAGCUAACAAUUUUUUUUUUUAUUUGAAAAUGAAGAACAUGGCCCUAAGUAUAAGAAGCUAAAUAGGAAUUGUUGAUGAUAUAUAUUAACAUUAAUAAUUACACGAUGUAUGCGUAAUUGUUAUAAAUUACUAACUUAAUUUUGUUUUGGAAACUAUAUUUAAUGCGUAUACUUUAUUUAUUUAUUUUAUUCUA